CCGCAGGGCGGGACCCGAGCGCGACAGCGCGGCCGGCGGACCGGGCUGGCGGUGGGAAAACGAAACUGAGGGAGGAGGCGGCGGCUCUGGCAGCGGCAGGGCCAGGCCUGGUGGCGGCGGCGGCAACGGCAGCCUGAGCCCCCCCCCCUCUCCGCUCCCAGGCAGCUCACCCUCUCCCCUCAGCUGACUCUAACAGGGGCAGCUGACUCUCUGGAUUUAUGGUUGCAGUAACAAUGAAGAGGAGAAAUGAUCCAGAAUGCACUGCCCCUAUCAAGAAACAGAAGAAAAGAGUUGCAGAGCUUGCCCUGAGCCUCAGUUCUACGUCUGAUGACGAACCUCCCUCUUCCGUCAAUCAUGCAGCAAAAGCAUCUACCACGAGCCUAAGUGGGUCUGACAGUGAGACCGAGGGGAAGCAACACAGCUCUGACUCUUUUGACGAUGCAUUCAAAGCAGACUCCCUUGUGGAAGGAACUUCUUCUCGCUAUUCCAUGUAUAAUAGUGUCUCCCAGAAGCUUAUGGCCAAGAUGGGCUUCAGGGAAGGUGAAGGAUUGGGUAAAUACAGCCAGGGUCGGAAGGACAUCGUUGAGGCCUCUAAUCAGAAAGGCCGAAGAGGCUUGGGUCUGACACUGCAGGGCUUUGAUCAAGAGCUGAAUGUGGACUGGCGAGAUGAGCCAGAGCCCAGUGCCUGUGAGCAGGUGUCAUGGUUUCCAGAAUGUACCACUGAAAUUCCUGACACUCAGGAAAUGAGCGAUUGGAUGGUUGUGGGAAAGAGAAAGAUGAUUAUUGAAGAUGAGACAGAGUUUUGUGGGGAAGAGCUGCUUCACAGUGUGUUGCAGUGUAAGAGUGUGUUCGAUGUCCUGGAUGGGGAGGAGAUGCGGCGAGCUCGGACCCGGGCCAAUCCCUACGAGAUGAUCCGAGGAGUCUUCUUCCUAAACAGGGCGGCAAUGAAGAUGGCUAACAUGGAUUUUGUGUUUGAUCGCAUGUUUACAAAUCCACGCGACUCUUGUGGGAAACCACUGGUAAAGGACCGGGAAGCUGAGCUUCUAUACUUUGCUGACGUCUGUGCAGGCCCAGGCGGUUUCUCAGAGUAUGUGCUAUGGAGGAAGAAGUGGCAUGCAAAGGGCUUUGGAAUGACUCUGAAGGGCCCUAAUGACUUCAAACUGGAGGACUUCUACUCGGCCUCCAGUGAGCUCUUCGAACCCUACUAUGGUGAAGGUGGGAUCGAUGGAGAUGGAGAUAUCACCCGCCCGGAGAACAUCACUGCUUUUCGGAAUUUUGUCCUGGAUAACACAGAUCGCAAGGGUGUCCACUUUCUGAUGGCCGAUGGGGGUUUCUCCGUGGAGGGGCAGGAGAACCUGCAAGAGAUCCUCAGCAAACAGCUGCUGCUCUGUCAGUUCCUCAUGGCGCUGUCUGUUGUCCGAACAGGCGGCCACUUCAUCUGUAAAACCUUUGACCUAUUCACACCAUUCAGUGUAGGGCUCAUCUACUUGCUCUACUGCUGCUUCGAACGAGUGUGUCUGUUUAAGCCGAUUACCAGCCGUCCUGCCAACUCAGAGAGGUAUGUGGUGUGCAAGGGCCUGAAGGUGGGCAUAGAUGAUGUGCGGGAUUACCUCUUCUCAGUCAAUAUUAAACUCAACCAGCUGCAGAACACUGAUUCUGACGUCAACCUUGUGGUCCCCUUGGAGGUGAUCAAGGGAGACCAUGAAUUUACUGACUACAUGAUACGAUCCAACGAGAGCCACUGUAGUCUGCAGAUCAAAGCUCUGGCCAAAAUCCAUGCCUUUGUUCAAGACACGACCCUGAGUGAGCCUCGGCAGGCAGAGAUCCGGAAAGAGUGCCUUCGACUUUGGGGGAUCCCAGACCAGGCUCGAGUUGCUCCUUCUUCCUCAGACCCCAAAUCUAAGUUCUUUGAGCUAAUCCAGGGCACUGAGAUUGACAUCUUCAGCUAUAAGCCCACGCUGCUCACCUCCAAAACCCUGGAGAAGAUCCGCCCAGUGCUUGACUACCGCUGCAUGGUGUCUGGCAGCGAGCAGAAGUUCCUCAUCGGCCUGGGGAAGUCCCAGAUUUACACAUGGGAUGGCCGCCAGUCAGACCGCUGGGUCAAGCUGGACCUGAAGACAGAGCUACCCCGGGAUACUCUGCUGUCUGUGGAGAUCGUCCAUGAGCUGAAAGGGGAGGGUAAGGCCCAGCGGAAGAUUAGUGCCAUCCACAUCCUUGAUGUCCUCGUGCUGAACGGCAGCGACGUGCGGGAGCAGCACUUCAACCAGCGAAUUCAGCUUGCUGAGAAAUUUGUGAAAGCGGUUUCCAAGCCCAGUCGGCCUGACAUGAAUCCCAUCAGGGUGAAGGAGGUGUACAGGCUGGAGGAGAUGGAGAAGAUUUUUGUCAGGUUAGAAAUGAAGAUCAUCAAGGGCUCCAGUGGCACUCCGAAGCUCAGCUACACAGGGCGGGAUGACCGGCACUUUGUGCCCACUGGCCUCUACAUCGUCAGGACAGUGAAUGAGCCAUGGACUAUGGGAUUCAGCAAAAGCUUCAAGAGGAAGUUCUUCUACAACAAGAAAACCAAGAUCUCUACCUUUGACCUCCCUGCAGACUCCAUUGCCCCCUUUCACAUCUGCUACUAUGGCAGGCUCUUCUGGGAGUGGGGGGAUGGCAUCCGUGUGCAUGACUCCCAGAAGCCCCAGGACCCAGACAAGCUGUCCAAGGAAGAUGUCCUGUCGUUCAUCCAGACACACAGCGCUUGAGGGCGUGGGGAUGCCCACCCCUGCCGAUUGACCUGUCGUUCUCUGAGUCACAGGGCGCUCUUCAAGGAGAGGGACUGGGGAGCACAGUCACUGCAGCCUGCCCAUAAGGGGUGGGUGGUCUCCUCUCCGUUCUCCCUGAAGAACUCAGUCAGGGGCCUUCAGAGGACUCUGUGCCAGAGGCAUUCCUUCUGGGACACCUUUUGAACUUCCCUCCCCAGAGACCUGCCUGCCAGGGCUCAGCCUGAGGAUGCUGCUCCGACGGUGGGUUGGAGGUCAGGGCCCAGGGAACGUACGGCCGGUGUAGGACCUAUCAGAGAACAGCAGGGCGUUGGCUCUGCCAUUCUCUCUUGUAUCCUGUAGACUCACUUUUCUGAGUUUCGUGCACUGCCCUGAGGGCGGCCAUGCUUCUGCUCUGCCCAGCUUUUUAUUGGGCUGACCCCAAGUGGGUGUAGGCCAGGGGCAGCUGCUGUACAAAUCAAUGUUUUGUUUCUUUGAACUUGCUCUGUUUUGAUGCCAAGUUGGAGAAGAUUUGGUCUCCUCCCCUGACCCCUGUCCUGGUCUUCCCUGGAGUUCUUCUCAGCCGGACCUCUGAUAGUCCCGCAGGCCGGGAAGGGAGGCUUAUGGGCCACACAUCCUGACACUGCAUCAUAACACAAGUAGUGUCUUGGCAGUGAGUGUGACUGCCUUCCUGGGCCCCACCCCCUUUCAGUCUGAACCUUGGGCAGCUCUAGAGGAGGAAGCAGCCUUGAAGACCUGCCUUUUUCUGUGCCCCAGAGCACUGGCCCCCUGGCAACACGGGGUACCUCUGGGGUUGGGUCACAUCUGGCCCUUUGGCAAUCAUGGCACCGCCAUUUGCCACAGCCACCUUGCUAACCCCUCCCUUCGUUUUUCUUGCCCAGUAGGAAGUACAGUCACUUUUGUUUGUCCUUUUGUGGUCACUCCAUUUCCUCUGUUUUGGCAGAGGGGGAAGAGGGGAAGCUGGGCAGUAGCUCUGGGUGGGGGAGGGCACCUAUGGUUGUUUUUAAUGGGAAAUACCUCUCAGAGAUGCUCCUAUGGACUCCCUAGAGCAGCGUGCUAGGCUGGUUUCCAUGGAGAUAAGGCACUGAGACUUCCCCAGAGGUUGGAACUAUACCUGGGGGCGGGGGUCCUCCAGCCAGCAUCCAGCCUUUCCCUCCCGGUUGGCGGCAGCACCGCUGAGAAAGCUGUAUUUCCACCCAGUUCUGGGUAUAUCAGUGUGUCUUGCAGAAUCUUGGAUCAUUAAAGAUAAACAUAUUUUUAA